ACUCAGGUAGGAACAAUGUCCCCUGCCAUUGCACUGGCAUUCCUGCCACUCGUGGUGACACUGCUGGUGAGAUACCGACACCAUUUCCGACUGCUGGUGCGUACAGUCCUGCUGAGAAGCUUCAGGGACUGCCUGUCAGGACUUCGAACUGAGGAACGGGCCUUCAGCUACGUGCUCACCCAUGCUCUGCCUGGAGACCCUGGUCACAUCCUCACCACUCUAGACCACUGGAGCAGCUGCUGCGAGUACCUGAGUCACAUGGGCCCUGUGAAAGGUCAGAUUCUGAUGCGGCUGGUGGAAGAGAAGGCCCCUGCUUGUGUGCUAGAGCUGGGCACCUACUGUGGAUACUCUACACUGUUUAUUGCGCGGGCUUUGCCCCCUGGGAGUCGCCUUCUCACUGUGGAGCGGGACCCUCGUACAGCAGCAGUGGCUGAAAAACUCAUCCGGCUGGCUGGCUUCGAUGAGCAAAUGGUGGAGCUCAUUGCGGGCAGCUCAGAGGAAGUGAUCCCACGCCUGAGAGCUCAGUACCAGCUGAAUCGGGCAGAUCUGGUGCUGCUGGCACAUCAGCCUCGAUAUUAUCUACGGGAUCUGCAGCUCCUGGAAGCCCAUGCUCUACUCCCAAGUGGUGCCACUGUAUUGGCUGACCAUGUGCUUUUCCCUGGUGCACCCCGCUUCCUACAAUACACAAAGAGCUGCGGCCGCUAUCGCUGUCGCCUCCACCACACCAGCCUCCCAGACUUCCCUGCCAUCAAGGAUGGCAUAGCCCAACUCACCUAUGCUGGACCUGGCUGA